AUGGCUACAAAGAGUGGAGAUAGAGAUGACAUAAAUGCUGUCAAGGUUUCCAAGAAAUCAUCUCCGACUAUAUGCAAAUAUUGGACCAACAACAACUGUGUGUACGGUGAACAAUGCAUGAAUUUGCAUUCAUGGUUUCAUGGUGAAGGGUUUUCCACGUUAAGAAAACUACAUGAACACAAAAAGGUUAUCACCGGCAUUACGCUUCCCGUUGGAUCGGACAAACUUUAUUCUGGCAGCACUGAUGGGACUGUUCGGAUAUGGGAUUGCCAUACAGGUCAAUGUGUUAAAUCCAUAAAUUUGGACACCGAAGUUAACUCUUUGAUAAGUGAAGGACCAUGGAUAUUUGUUGGUUUGAAAAAUGCUAUCAAGGCUUGGCAUACUGAAACCAAUGCGGAAUUUACUCUUGAUGGACCUAAAGGACGAGUUGUUUCCAUGACUGUUGGCAAUGAUAUCCUUUUCGCCGGAGCAGAGGAUGGUGUCAUUACUGCUUGGAGAGGAAGCUCUGAUGCUAACUCUCCCUUUGAACUGGUUGCCUCACUAACUGGCCACACUAAAGCUGUGGCUUGCUUGACUGUUGGACGCAAGAUGUUGUACUCAGGAUCCAUGGACCAUAGCAUAAAGGUCUGGGACAUGGAUACAUUACAAUGUACAAUGACACUCAAUGAGCAUACUGAUGUAGUCACAUCCCUUAUUUGUUGGGGUGAAUUUUUGUUGUCAAGUUCAUCUGAUGGCACAAUCAAGAUCUGGGCUUGCAUGGAACUGGGGUCUUUGACUGUUGUAUAUACGCACAAUGAACAAAUUGGCAUUGUGUCGCUUUUUGGGAUGCCUGAUGCAGAAGGAAAGCCAGUAUUGUUUUCCUCUUGCAGAGACCAUUCUGUUCGAAUGUACGAAUUACCAUCAUUUUCAGAGAGGGGUCGUUUAUUUGCUAAGCAAGACGUUGCAGCAUUUGAAUUAGCCCCUGGUGGAUUGUUCUUCACCGGAGACGGGAGUGGUUUGUUAAGGGUAUGGAAGUGGUCUGAUUUAUCCAAGGUGGCAUCCUCCUGA